CCACUCGAGUAUAAAGUCUUAGAUGUUUUACAACCAACGGCGUCGUUUCAUCUCUUUCCCGCUCCUUCGCAACGCUUCGCGCUGAAUCCACCUCCGAAGACCUAGAUUCCUCCUUUCGUCUAGUUCAUCGUCUGAAUGUUUCGUUCUCAGAUCUUGUUCUUUUGAAGAAUUUCAAUGGUAUGUUAGCGACUUGGGGUAUAAUUUGACUGAUUUUUGGUGGCUGCGGAUAAUGGGGAAAAGGGCCCUAUUGUGCAGGAUGACCGCUGAUUGCAGACAACGGGUUUAUGAAUUAUCUCAAUUGCAUGGUUUUUCUAACCCCUGGAUUCCGAAGAGGAGAUCUGUAAAUAUUUUCCUAACAGUUGACCUUUUAGGAUAUAGUUUGUAGAUAAGGAUUGUGAUCUUGUAGAUGAAAUGGAAACAAAGUUAACUAAGGUUCUGGAUAAUGGCAAAAAGAUCGUUGUGGGUUUGAAGAGGAAAAGGGCAAAUGAAGGCACGGCACAUGUUGGAGCUGGCUACAAUGCAUUUUUGUCCAAGUUGACCUCAUCUAGGAAUAGACAUGCCAAGUGCAAGAGACUCGAUGACUGUGAAGUCAGUUGGGGGUCAAACUCUAGAAGAUCUUUUCUUAGGAACUAUAAAAAUUUUAGCAGAAGUGGACUUCCCCAGAGGUUUCUAUAUUACGAAGAUGGGGAUUGGGUAGAUUACCCUCAGAUAAUUGUUGAGUUGAUUAGGAAACAGUUUCAGAUUAAAAAUGCGGCAAUUGAAGUGGAAUUUAGUGGUCGUCAUUUGCUGCUAGAUGCUCUGUAUAUGAUCCAAGUAGAACUGAAAACAGCUAUUCAGCAGCACAUUGGCUGGAUUGAUGACAAUGGUCGAUGUUUCUUUCCAGAAUUUUAUUCAGUUGACAGUGAGAUGCAUCAGUUCCACCAGUAUGAGCUGGAAGACGCUUCUGAUGUUGCACUAUCAAACCAUACAGGAAUGAGAGAGAUCAAUUUGCAUCUUGAAAUUGGAAUAACUGGAUCGAAUAGUUCUCAAUCAGAAGAGUAUAUUGAAGAGUCCAAUAGAGACAACAAGAUACAUAUUAUCAAAGAAAAAUCUUGUGAUAUUGAUGGGGAUUGGGAAGGCAGUGAAACUGAAAGUCAGAAACCUGUUGCUGAAAUGCAAGAGGCAGAUGGAGGAAUUAGAGAGAUUGGUUGUUCGAUGACGCCUCAAGAUGAGCUAAUGCAUUCAACUCUGGAUUCUGAUGAUGUAAAAAAUAUGUUCUUAAUGGGCAUGAGAUCUACUAAGAACAACAUUGAAGUACUCGAGGUCAAACGUUGGUCUAGUCAUUUAAUGCAGGAUAUAUCAGAUAUUUUUCAAAAACAAAUAGAGAUAACCAGGAAGAGUCGUGGGAAUGCCAAUGUUCAAUAUGGUUGGCUAGCUGGGAAUAAGGAUGUAUUAUCUGGUAGCAUGCUAUAUGGGGUAGGUCACUCCGGACUAAAGCUUACAUCCUCAUAUGGUGUUCACCUUUCACCUACAAGCUGCGCACAUCUUAGUGCGGACAAUUGUGAUGAAGAUGAAAAAGGGGUUAGAUACAUAGUGUUCUGUCAUGUCAUAUUGGGAAAUGUGGAAGUUGUCACUCCUGGAUGUAGACCAUGUCGUCCCAGUUCUGUAAACUUUGACAGUGGAGUAGAUGACCUUCAUAAUCCAAGUCAAUAUAUAGUUUGGAAUAUGAAUAUGAAAAGCCACAUUUUCCCGGAGUAUGUUGUCAGUUUCAAGUUAACAUCAAGUCCUCCUGAACGUGGUUUAUUUGUUCAAGGGGUUCCAGCUGUUCAAAACAGAGGAAUUGAUUCAAAAGGGCUUCGGGACCAGUUGCAGUUAAAUUGCUCUUCGAUUGAAUCAGAGGACUGUGUGUCGUCGCCAGCUCCUGAAAAGAGAUGCACAGAAAAGCUUGACCAUGGAUCAAGCUUGUUGAAGAUUCCCAAGUCCCCCUGGAUGCACUUUUCAAUGUUGUUUGAUGCCAUUUCAAAAGAAGUUUCUCUUGAUAACAUGAAAUUGGUGAAGAGUCAUUAUGGCUUAUUUAGAGAAAAGAAGAUCAGUAGGGACGAAUUCAUCCGAAGGUUGAGGUCCAUUGUUGGGGAUCCAUUACUGAGGUCUAUGCUAACGAGUCUCCAUUGCAAGCUACCUCCGAAGUCUCCAUGUUCUUUAAAAGUUCCGAAGGAGGAGAAAGAAUGUUGAGGUUGUUGGUAAGAAGUUUGUUUUUAGGUUCCUUCCAUCAUAUGGAGUUUGCCUACUGUUAUUUUGUCUUUGAAUUUGUCGACCUGAUUUGUGAACGUCUCUAUAUAAGCUAUGUGAGACAGUUGCUAUUUAUUAUAUUUGUGAACAUCUCGGUUAAUCAAUUAUUUAUAUAAACUCAGUCAAUUGCUUCUAUUCCUA